ACCCCGGAAGCUAAGUCCUUGACUUACUUCCGCCCUUUGUGACUCAUUGUGUCGGUCUAGCCGUCCGGAGGGCCUAGGUUUUCGUCCUUCCUCCUCUGUCUCUCGCGUCUCCAGGGGUCAGCGCUCUCUCCCUUGUCACCUCUCCCAGAGCUGCCCUGGGGUCCGCGGAGCAGUGCAGGAAAAAACCCUCAAAUAUCUCCAAGUGUCAAUCUACCUCACGGAUUCCAUCAGAGUGAGGAGGAACUCUGAAUCUGAAUGAUGACUGCAGAAUCCAGGGACGCUGCAGUCAUGACCCCUCAGGCUAUACAGGAUAAAGAAGGACUUGUGAUAGUGAAAGUGGAAGAGGAAGAUGAAGAUGAGCACCUUUGGGGCCAGGACACUAGCAUUCAAAGAAAUAAUAGCCCUUCUGAUCCAGAGAUUUUCCGACAACGCUUCCGGCAGUUCUGCUAUCAGGAUACUUCUGGGCCCCGAGAGGCGCUUGGUCGUCUCAGGGAACUUUGCCAUCAGUGGCUCAGGCCAGAGAUGAAUACGAAAGAACAGAUCCUAGAGCUGCUGGUGCUGGAGCAAUUCUUGGCUGUCCUGCCCAGAGAGAUCCAGACCUGGUUGCAAGAGUACCGUCCUGAUUGUGGAGAGGAAGCAGUGACACUGUUGGAGGAUCUUGAACUUGAUUUAUCAGGACAGCAGGUGCCAGUCCGUGUACAUGGACAUGAAAUGCUGGCCCGGGAGAUGGUGCCACUGGGAGCAGUGCAUGAAUCCUCAAGCUUUGAAUUCCAGCAUCGUACACCCCAGAUCAAGCAUGUGACAAGAAAGCCGAGUCUUUUACAACAGAGUGCUUACUCUGCUUCCCAUGUUCCUGUUUCCCAUGAGAGGAGCCCUAGAGACCAGGCAGUGGCCUCUGCACUAUUCACAGCAGAUUCCCAGGCAUUGGUAAAAAUCGAGGAUAUGGCUGUGUCUCUCAUCCUGGAGGAAUGGGGAUGUCAGAACCUAGCUCGGAGGAACCUUUGUAGAGACAACAGACAGGAGAAUUAUGGGACUAUGUUUUCCCAAGGUUGUGGAAGCAGGACAACCAAUGAAGAGUCAACAUCAAAGGAAGAUGUUGCAGAAGCAACAGGAUCUCAUGGGGAAAUACCUGGAAGGUUCCAAAGGGAAUUUGGAGAAACUUGUGAACAGGAGAGCAGGUUAGAAAGACAACAGAGAAACUUAGAGGAGAAACUGAGACUAGAAAAGACAGAGUUUAGACAGGUGACAGUCAAGGACAAGAAAGCACCCACAGCAGAGAGAGGCCAGCGAGAGAAAGGCAAAGGAUUAGGGAGAAGCUUCAGUCUGAGUUCAAACCUUGUUACACAGGAAGAAGUUCCUACAGGAACAAAGUCCCAUAAAUGUGACGAAUGUGGCAAAUGCUUCACAAGGAGUUCCAGUCUUAUUCGACACCGGAUAAUUCACACUGGAGAGAAGCCCUAUGAAUGUAAUGAGUGUGGGAAAGCUUUCAGUCUUAAUUCAAACCUCAUUCUGCAUCAGAGAAUCCACACUGGAGAGAAACCUCAUGAAUGUAAUGAGUGUGGGAAAGCUUUUAGUCAUAGCUCAAAUCUUAUUUUACAUCAGAGAAUUCACUCUGGAGAAAAACCUUAUGAAUGUAAUGAGUGUGGCAAAGCCUUUAGUCAGAGCUCAGACCUCACCAAACAUCAGAGAAUCCACACUGGAGAGAAGCCCUAUGAAUGUAAUGAAUGUGGGAAAGCCUUCAACCGGAAUUCAUACCUUAUUCUUCAUCGGAGAAUUCAUACCAGAGAAAAACCAUAUAAAUGUAAUAAGUGUGGGAAGGCCUUUACCCGGAGCUCAACUCUGACCCUACAUCACAGAAUUCAUAACAGAGAAAGAGCCUCGGAUUACAGCUCCCCCUCACUAGAUGCCUUUGGUGCAUUUCUGAAAAGCUGUGUAUAAACUAAAUUUCCCAUUAUCUUCCAUAACUUCAAAUAUAUGUGCCCAUGGGAAAAAUAUUUGGCCUCCAAUGCAUAAUCAAAACACACUUUAAAAAUACAUUGAAGAGCAGUCCUGCCUUUGUCAGUUUAAUCUGUGGGCAUUUAUUUCCCCAACAUAACCCUCUGCAAGAAAAGUUAGUCAAAUAGGUAAUCUUACUUGAUAAUAUGCGCACACAUUAAAAUAAAUAUCAGACUUUUUGGGAAUGAGGACACUCACAAGUAGUGAGUCAAAACUCGAUACAAGGGAUCCCUGUCUGCAGCCACCAGUGUGUAAUCAUUGAAAGCAACCAAGCUUGAGAUUUGUAUCCCCAGUGCCUAGCACAGUGCCUGGCACAUAGUAAGUGCUUAAUGGAUACUUGUUGGUUAAUUGGCUGAGACUGCGAUUGAGGCAUUUUUAUUUUUUUCAGCAAAGCAAGUAAUGCUUGCCCAACAUCUUUUUGUACAUCAUGACCUAUAGAAGGAUACUUAUAGAAUCCUGGGCUAGGACAAGCUGCUAAAACUUAAAACAUAGGUAAUCCAAGGUGGGAUGCCAAAGCUGAAGAGAUCUAAGGCUAUGCAGAUCAAAACCAAACCAAAGACUUCUAUCCCUUCCUGAAGAGUACAUAUGGAUGACUCAACUCAUAGCUCCCCAUAGUAUAGUUGACUCCAUCCUCAUCACAGAGAAAUUCUAUAGAAAUGACAAUGCUUCUUUCCCUUUUCGUAAUUCCUAUAGUGCUAUAGUGUUCUUCUAGUCUAAUAUAGUUAGCUUUUGAUUGUAUUAUAUCUUUUAAUUGUCUCAUGAAUGUAGUAAAUCCUAUCUCCCCAAUAAGAUUCUAAGGAACCGAUCUCCCACCCGCCUUAGUAAGAACUGAUGGGGGAUUAUUUGAUGACAUUAUUUUGUUCCUUGUUAAAAUAAGUACUCCUUGAGUUCUUAAUAGGGCUCCCACAUAGAAGCAUGAGCCCUGCUACAGUAGAACAACUUCACCUAAAAAUCACCACUUGUUACAAUGGAGAAUCCUAAAAUUCUAUAGAAUGCUAUUCUCCCUGAGCUCUUUAUGAAUAGAAGAAGGGCACAAAAAUGUCUAUUUUAAAUCUUGUUAGAUAUAUAAAUUGUUGGCUAAAUGCCACAAGAUUUCAGAGGCAUCAUUGUCACAUUAAAAAAAAUUAAUUGAAGCAACAACUUGGACUCUCUUUAGUUUGCUAUCACUGCACAGAUCUUGGCUAGAAUUCUUCCCUAUUAGCUCCUGAACAGCUUGACCAAUUGGAGACCCUCUAGAUGUAGUCAGACAAGUGGAACCAUCUCCUGUGUACUGGAUGCUGUUCUGUGCCUGUCCCUGAAGCCUGAGAUUGGAUUCUUUGUUCCUGUUACAAUGCCUGUCAUAGUUAGCUUUCAGCUACCAUCUAAGUCACAUUUUUCUCAUCUUGUGCUUCUCAAGUUAAUUAUUUGAAUCCAAUUGUAAGGCUUUACAUUAAUCUCUAUUAAAUUUCUUCUUCAUAGAUUGAUGAGGUAUAUAUAAAUAGAGUUGGCCCCAUCCAGAAAUAUCUAUGUUCAAGUUCUGCCUCUGACACCUACUGUUUGUGUGGGCAAAUCACUUACCUUCUCAGUGGUCUAGGUAGUUCUCUAAGACUAAUUUGCAGAGCCAAAACCAACUGGCAUUGCUACAGGAAGUUACUAGCAGCUCCAUUUCCUGUCCUUAAUAAAUAUAGCUUGACAUUAUAGCUUGUAGAAAUAUUUUAUUGCAGCCUGAUUAUAACUACUAGAUUAGCUAACUCCCAAUGUUGUAUCAUUUACAAAUUUGGCAAGUAUGCCCUUUAUUCAUCACUAAAAAUAAAAGUUAAGUAAAUGCCAACGGUGGAUCUCUGAGGUAGGUCUAGAGACUUCUUUUCCUGCACAGUGGGCCAUUAAUAACUAUUCUUUAGGUCUGAUCAACCAGUUCCAUAUUCACCUAACUACCAUCAACUAGUCCCUAUCUUUCCAUUUUAACCAAAAGGUUAACAUUAAAGAAAUAACUGUUCUGCUGGCUUAGAUAAACUAUAUAGCAUUUCACUUAUCUAACAGUUUAGUACAUUCCUUAAAACAGGUAAGCAAAACCACCUUAAAAGCAUGUUUGGCAUUACCUAUUCUUGGUUGAGCCAUGGUAACUUAGUGAUCAUUGCCUCUUUUCUAGAUUAUGUGAUAGAAUUUUGCCAAGAAUUAGUUUAGUUUGCCAGUCUGUAUCUUGAAGAAUUCUUUUCUAUCUCCCUCUUUCCUUCCUUCCUCCCCUCCUUUCUGAAAAAUUGGGACAAAUCUACUCUUUGUGAUAUUCAGAAAUAACUAAAAAUGCCUCAGUAAUCCUUUAGCUCUUUCAAUAACUGGAUCCUAGAUUAUCUAGACUUGGUGACCUGAACUCAACAAGAGUAACUAGUUGCUUUCACUGUCUCCUUAUUUUGGACUUCCAACUAUUUAUUUACCAUUUUUUGAGAUACCCUUUCUGGGCCAAAGAUUAUUCUUGUACAAAAAAAUCAGAAUAAGAAAUAAAUCUGUCUUCUCUUUAUCAUCUCAAUGAUUUCUUUUUUUUAACACUUACCUUCUAUCUUAGAAUCAAUAUACUAUAUUGGUUCUAAGGCAGAAGAGUAGUAAGGGCUAGGCAAUGGGGGUUAAGUGACUUGCCCAGGGUCACAUAACUAGGAAGUGUCAGGUCAGAUUUGAACUUGGGACCCAGGCAAAGUUUUCAGUCCACAGAGCUGCCAAGCUGCCCCCUCAAUAGGUUUCUUAUCCUAUCCACCUCAAGUGGUCCUUUCUCUUUGAUCCUCCCACUGUUCUCAUCAGAGUAAAUGAAAGCCCAAAACUACAUUUUGUUCCUUUACAUUCAACUUCGACUCAUUCUGUCUCUGUAUCCAUUGUACUACCUAGCUGCCCCAACAAUAUUCUUACUAAGCUGUCUGUUUUCUGCUCCUUGCUUCCACAUGUUCUUUCCAAAAAUCUUAAUUUGUUCUUGUGUAUCCACAUCAUUCUCUUUAAGCCAGCCCUGCCCCCUUUCUUCCUCACUGGAAUAAUUUGUCUUUUAAGAUUUAAUACCUAAUACCCGACUUCCUCUCUAGAAUGUUAGGCAACUAGAUCCCACCUAACCUUUCUGUUCUUUGUAGAUUUUAUGCUUUAAUUUCCCCUCCUAUUAUCACAAAUUCUAAAAUACAGUGGUCACUUCUCCAUGAGAUUCUUACUUCAGCAACCUUUUCACUUUAUUGUCUAGGAUCAAAUCCAUCCUAAGAGUUCUCUUUACUGUAGUGUCUUCUAACUUUUGGAAGGAUGAAAUUAUCAAGUUCAUUGUUAUUAGACUUUUUGAGCUAGCCAUGUUUCAGAAUACAUUUAGGGAGCAAAAAAAAGCUAGCAGGUAGACACUUCCAUGUCAAAUCAUGAGUUUCAUCAUAAGUUAUGGAAAGAAUCAUCAAGAGCAUAUAGAGUUGUCAAUGGCUGCCUUUUGAAUGGAAAUGGAAGAUAUGUAAAUGACUGCUUUAUACAAUCUGCAUAGCAUUCACUUGCCAAGAUGUACUAGUCUACAUUCAGCAUGGAAACCCUAUACACAGCAUGAAAUUCUUACUGGAGAAACAACUGAAAGCUAUCACUGAAUUCUGCAAGACUUCACAUUUUUCAAGAACUCCCUGAACAUAAUCAAGAAGCUAGAAUUAAGUGGAAAAAGACAGCAAGAUUUUAUAAGAGGCUUAAAGUUAGGCACUAAUAUACUGCUAAAUUCCAUACCAAACUAAUUUCUGUAGAGCUUUCUGUUUUAACAUCUGUUUUGGCUCUGUGACCUAGACCAGUUUCUUGAGCUGUCUGUGGGCAACCUUGUCCUGCCUCAUGAACCUAAAAUUAGGACCAGAUCACCAAGUCUGUAACUGUCUUCAUUAUACUAGUAAAAAGUGAUGCUUAAAGCAACUGAACUGGACACCUAAGAACAGGAUUGGGUGGCUAUGUUAUAGCGUACCUGAAGUCAAGGAUUUAGAAAAAAGGGAAAGAAGAGAUACUUUAAGAAUCUACUGCGGCAGAGUCUCCUAAACUGUCAUAAUAGUGGAUGAAUGGGAGAUCACUACAGUUCACAAACCAAACUAAUAAUCCAGAAUGUUUGGAGUUGCUUUUUUUUUUAAGCAAAGACUUUGGAUCAACCUGUAUCCUAGGAGGCUAUAGGAAGAACAGUGAUGAAUUAAUCAGUUAUUUCAGCUACAUACAGAAUAGAUUUCUAGUAUGGACAAUGUAGAAAGGACUAGAAUUCUCACACUGGUCUUUUCAGCUACAUAUCUGUCCCUCAUCUUCAAAAAUUAAGUACUAUUAUAAUUGACUCCACAGUUAAUUCCCAUUUUGUUGAGACUUCUCACUAACUUGGAUUUGUCCUGCUGGCUCAACAGUUGCCCCAGAUGUAACAAAACUCAUUAAGUGGUAGAAGAGCCACGUGGAAAGAUACUUUUUUCUAAAGGUAUUGCUGAUGUAGCCACUUGACUAAAACAAUGCUUUGGGGCAUUCAUCAAAUAUUGCAUAAUGUAAUGGUGUUAAUUGAAAGACUGGAGGACUCCCUUUCAGCACCACAAGUGUUAUUCUUGAGUAAUUGUCUAAAUAGUCAAUUUAUCCCUUUAAAGCACUAUAUAGUUGAAAUUAAAUAUUCAAUAGGGUUGUAUAUGUAGUUGACCCCAUGAAAUUCUUUGAAGGGUUUUGUUUUGUGUCAUACAAAUCCUGCCAGGAAGAAGGGGGAAAAAUUCAUUUUGCUAGUAGUUUGAAAUUGUGUUUUGCAUCCAAUUUUCUGGCAGGUUAAAAUCCAAGAAAUAAAUAUGCAAGACAUCUAGAUAUGUAGUACACUUACAUAUUUUAUUAAAUGAAUUAAGGGAAUCUGCUAAAUGAAUUUAUACAGAAAUAGAGAAAUUUGAGGUGGGGAGGUUAAAGGUGAUGAUCUUCUACCUUAUAUAAGAUAAUUCUUUCUGGUGAGAGAAACCCUUUGAAUGUGAAAAAUGUGGCAAGCAUCUGAGCCCUUAGACUGCUGCUAAUAACCCUAUACAUUCUAUAUUAGUCUUUUAAGUCUGCAUCUCUCUUUACUAGAAAACAAUGAUUUCAUUCAAAGUUAAUAGUUAACAAUAGGCCACCUUUGGAAAACUCAUAUCAGAUGCCAGAGAGAAGGCUGCUUCUAAACCCUCGAUAUAUAUUGUGCAGUCUUUUUCCCACUUUGGGAUGAUAGGUUUAACUGACUUAUCCAUUUUUGGGGAAAAAAGAUUAAUAAAAUUUAAAGAUUAAUUAACACUAUAAAGGUGGUGAAGCAAAUACAGCUGAAAUUUGAGACAACUAAUCUAAAAGCAUUUACUUGAUUUGACACCAGAGAAUGCAGGUUGCUUUCAAAAAGUAGCAUAAUGAAUUUUGAAACCAUGCAAGGGAGCUCAAAAUUAACUCCAAAGGAUCAAUAAGAGAAAAAAUGAGACCAUAAGGGAAUAACAAAUUAUAUAAUUUUUUUAGACUGCAAAUGUUGAGUGUUGUCUGUAUGCUACUUGUAGCCAAAAUGUUUUGUUUUGUUCCUCCAUUCCUUAUCUAUUCUGUAAGCCCUAUAGGAUAGGGGAUGUGUGGUGUAACAGGAUGACAUUCCCUUUUCACCUACCUUGUUCUUCCAGAUUUUAAGAACAGAGUUUUGAAGCAGAGGAGAAGAAAUCAACAUAGGUGUAGACAAUCAGACAUGGAGGUAAAGAAACUAAAAUAGAAAGAGCUUUGUAGUAUUUGGUAUCAGUCAAGUUAGGGAGACCAAUAAGCUCUUUAGAAUAGUGAGAUCUGACUGGUUUCUCUUUGGCUCAGUGGAGGCUGAGUUUAUAAUUACCAGAGAAGGAAAUGUUUCCCCUGAUUGCUUGAUAUGGGGGUAGGUGAAGAAAUAAAGAUCAGGAAAUACUAUAAAACUGAAAGUAGGGCACACACAGAAAGUCAUUGGGUCCACCUAACCCGCCUUCCUUCCAUUACAUGCUGGUUCAAUAAUUUAAUAUUUCUGCUUAGAGAAUUUCAGACAGAUGAAAACCAUGGGCAUCAUGCAGCUUCCAUCAGAUUUUCAGAGGCAGCUUCAGGAAUUACUUUGUAAGGUUUCCUUAUGGACAAUCCCCCCUGCAUAUUGAGAAUGAACAGGAAAAGUAUUGGGGGGGGGUUAGGUAUAUAGGAUUUAUCUUUAUCCUUUCUGGUUAUAGAUACAUAUAUUUUAACAACUUAGGGUUAGUCAGAACAUCUUAGGAUCUUUAUUACAGCGGGAGUUAGCUACUUAAACUCCAUUGAAUUUUUUGUUUAUAGACAAAAGAGACUGUUUAUCAACCAAAGUAAACAUUUUAAUUUUCAUUAUCUUCUGUCAUUGCUAGAGGAACCAUAUUUUGAUAUUUUCCAGUUUGUCUCAAGCAGAGUGGGUUUGUUGAAAGGGUGAGAAGGUAUUUACUACUUCAGAAAACAAACUAAGAUCAACAUUGCAAAAUGACUAUAAUGAGAAGAAAAAAUGGAAUACUCUUAAUGUAGCAUCUGAUUUGUCACUCAGUUUAAUCAUUUGCAUCCUUCUGUGUUUGGGUUUGACAUAGCCUUAAUUCUUCCCUAGCAAUAAAUAUAGAAAAUCUCUGCUGAACAUUUAAAAGCAAUGAUUGAUAAUUCUCUGCCAUGUCUGAAAACUAAAUUUGUUUCAUUUAUCAGAACUAAGUUAAAGUAGAUAUUAAUUUUUGAAAAAUUAAAUAUACAAAUUUAUCAGCUCAAAGCAGGUUUUAAAAUAAUUUAAAGCAAGUUUGUAUAAUCUGGGUUUUUUUCUCUAGCAACAGACACCCACAUGGUCCAUUCAACUCAUUCUAUGGUCUAUGGCCUUGAGCAAAUUGUUUAAUUUGGGUUUCUUCACCUGUGAAAUGAAGAAACUGAAAUAGAUAAUCUUAUGUUCCUCUGUUCUCAAGUACAGAGAAGGAAAUUGGAGAGAGGCAUCUGAGCCCCUGCCCUGCUUCAACUCACUAAAAAAAAUCUUCAUGAAUUUUUGAGACUUUUGCCCCUUUUGUGGUUACAGCCAAUCACUGAUAACCUUCAUUAGUCUCUGGACAAAACAGGUUUCCUUUCUGAAGUUAUCACUGCUUAGACUGCUUUAGGGGAAUUAAACAGAUGACACAUUCAGAGGGAGAGGAUUUUAUGAAUGAUUGAAAAGGUGGUGUUUUCCCUCUUGUAUGAACUCUCACGUCUGAGUCUCAAUCACCUUUGGAUCCAGAAGAGUGCAGCCAGGCAGCUGGUGCAGUUCCAGUUCACUAUUGACAUCUUUCACAAGGGUGGACAUGGAUCUAGGAAGCUAAGAGCCCUUCACCCUGAACCUAGGGAGAAAAUAGCAGUGGAACUCAAGGGCAAUUGGGAGGAUGUAGAGGAAAGAAUGUAAGCAUAUGAAACUUUUAAAAUAUUUAACUAUCUUCUGCCCUAGUUAGUUAGUUGUAGGCAACCAGAUGUCAACCUUUAUCCUGGCAGAGGCCAAAAUGUUUGGCUUAUAGAAUCUUCAGUGUUCUUCUUUCAAAACAAACAAACAAAAAAAAUGAAAAAAAUGGGAUGAGGGAGAGGGGAAAGGGGAUGGGUGAAUUAAAAUUCUUGCUUUUCUUAGAAUAUAUGUGUGAGGGUUGGGGUGGGGGUAUGCAGUUAAGAUUCAGUAAUUAUUUUAAAAUAAGGUGUUGUGUUGUUUUUUUUUUUAUUUUAGGCAUAUACACACUUUAAACUUAGUCAACAAUGGGAAACCUAAUAUAUUGAUUUAUGUGGUUAAUUCCAGCUUUUUCUUAAUUUGUAUACUUAGAUAAAAGUUUUCCUGCUUUUUCAAUCCCCAAUUUUGCAGUUUAGACUAAAUCCAAAGUUUUAAAAAAGCCUUUUAUCUACAAAAGAAGCUACAGUAGUGUCUAAAGAAUGCAGGUACUUAUUAAUAUGUGCUUAAUAAAUAUUAAUUAGUUCACUGAUGUGAGUUUAAAUUGCAUGAUUGAGUGCUAAUAUGUUAGCACUUCUCCAUGAAGUAAAUGGUAAUAAGUUUAUGAUUUGUAACUAAUAAUCUAUGUUGGGGAGGAAAGGUCCUGAUUUUUAAAACAGUGGGUAAGGUUGUGGAUGGAGGAUUGUAUUUUUUUUCCUUUUUAUGUUACUUGGGUCAUGGUCAAUCAAAUGUAAUAAAUAUUCCGCCUGUAGGUGGCAACCCUU